AUGCACAGUAAACCAAACACAAUUCGACUUUAUAACUUUACUCCAUUGUUAAAGUCAGUUCAAAGCAAAAAGAUAGUAUCAUUAGUCAAGGUUCAUAUCACAAAUGACAAGCUCAAGUCCCAAGAGUGCGGAACAGUACAAAUACAGGUUGAAAAAACAGCUAGAAAGACUAAACCAUUCGUGUGUUCUGGGUUUGGUGACUGUAACAUGAGUUUCACCAGAGCAGAACAUCUGGCAAGACACACAAGGAAACACACUGGUGAAAAACCAUUCCAGUGUUACAUCUGUCGGAAAUAUUUCAGCAGAGUGGACAAUCUGAAACAGCAUAGGGAUUCAGUACACAAGAAGCCCUUCCAAACAAGGAACAUGGGACCAUCGUUGGGGCAAAGUUCCCCCAUUUUUUCAUCAUCGUUCCCCCUUACAAGUGUAUCAUCCUUUGACAGGGGGAGGUUCCAUGGGGUUUAUCCACAAACCAUGAAGUACCCAAUUUGGGGACAACCCCAGAACUACCUGCCCAUAUACGGCAACAUUAAUUCUCCCAGACGGCCCGACAAUCAGCAACCGUUUGUAUUUGGCUCUUUACCAAGUUACCACAACGAGUACCAACCAUUGUCCGAACCUUGGCAGCCACAAGCAUUGAGUCCGAAAAGUCCACAGUUCACGCGGCUUCCCAGCUUCAAAGCCACGAUCUCAAAUAUGUCACAGACCGCAAAAAUGAUGCCCGAGCAGGAAGAUUUAGGGGACCAAGUACAGCCAAUAAGGCCCAUAUACGGAGUAGAGUCCACCAGUCCUCCAAAAAUAAUUGGAUGGCUUGGAGCUGAAAGAAGGCCUCCACAUUGGAAUAAGAUGGGUGCCGGGAUUGACCAAGAACUCGGACCCAUACAAUCAGGGGCAGAUUCGAACGUCAAGGAGGAUGCCAGUGUUGAACCCGGCUGUGCCAAGGCAAGCCUCAACUACUUACUGAAGUAG